CGACCUUGUAUUUCCCCUGUAGGCCAUGCCACCAAAAAAGGAAAAGAAAGGAAAGGGAGGCGGCAAGAAGAAGAAAGAAGCCGAACAAGAGGCCCAGAACCUCAUCAAGUUGCAGGAGCUCAAGCGGCUACGGAAAAUCUAUGGGAACCAGUGCAAGCGAUUCGUCUCCGAGCCUCUGCCGGCAGUGUCCCGGAAGCUGGACAAGGGAGUCUCGACCCUGGAGUCGGUCGACAAGAUUAUCCUCAACUCUAUGGUCCUCACCCCCAAUGACCUCUAUGCCAUCACACGGACGUUCAAAAAGUACACCGGACUGCUAUCGAUAUGCGUGUGGGCGGCCAAGAUCGAUAUCAAGGGGCUCAUGGCAAUGGCGGAACUUUUCGUCAUCCACCCGUCUGUAUCCACGCUCCAGCUCAUCCACUGCAACAUCACCUCGGAAAUGACCAAGCCGCUGCAGCUCCUGAUGCGCGAAUCCAAGUCCCUCAAGACUCUGAUUGCCGACCACAACCCACUUGGCACCAUCGGCACCACCAACAUCUUCCGGGGCAUCGUCGAGCGACACCGUUUGUACAUUAAUCCUUCGACCGAUGCCACGGCGACGGUGAUGCAACUGGCAAAGCUCAGUCUGAAGUACUGCGAUGCCGGGCCUGAUUGCGCCGAGGUCAUCGCUGAAGUGCUGGCGGUGAACAGGUCGAUUGUAGAAAUCGACUUGACGGGCAAUAGUUUGGGCGACGUUGGACUUGCCCGGAUCGCAGUUGCCCUCGCAGCCAACAACACCCUGAAGACCCUCUGUCUCGCAUCCAAUCUGAUCACCGACCAGGAACCCCUGCCUCCGCUUGUCACCAGCCUCUCGCCCGCAGCCAUACACGGAUCCUCGCCCACCUCCAUCAUCGUCAAGCCCACAAACACCAGCGGGCCCUCACAUCCCAACGACGACAUUACCGCUCCAGACAGCGCGGCUGCUGCUGCUGCUGCUACCGCCGCCAUUGCCGCCGUUGCGGCCCAGGUGGCUCCAGCUGCCGACCCUGCCUCUUCGGCUCUCUCGCCGACCUUUAUUGUCAAGCCAAACAGCAGCGCCCUCUCGAUUCUGUGCUCGGCUCUCACGACCGAGUCCAACGGGCUAACACUGCUGGACCUACGCGGCAACCACGUCGGAGAGCGAGGCGGGCGCAUGCUCUACGAGAUGAUGAAGCUCAAGAAGGCCCUGGUGACGGCCAAGAAGUGCGAGGGGCUCGUGCUCUAUCCCUCGGAGCGCAUGUCCCUGGACCUCUAUGAAAAGAUAUGGGACCUGAACGACUCUAUGGGCGACUCGGGCAAGAAGAGCGGCAAGAAAGGCAGCGCCAAGAAGAAAAAAUGAAACGACUCUUGCUGCUGCUACUGCUGCUGCUCGCCUCGACUGGCGAGGACCAGACCCUCCCUCCGGGUCAAAGCCAACACGGCCGCUCUGAUUUCUGGGUCCGACGUCGUUGCUCGCUGUUCAGCUUUCCACUCGCUGUGCUUACACACCCUGAGUCAGGGCUGUCGCUACUCUCUGUAUCCUGAACACACACCCAUCCCUCACCCACCAUGACCAGCCAGUGUGUUCGAUGGAGACUGGCGGUGCGGUUGCCUUUGGGAAUGUAUCAUGGAGGCGAGGGAAGGGAUACGCAUCGAGCCCACAGAAACCCGGG